AUGGCCACCACACAUGACAACGCUGUCGCAGCUGCGACCUCCAACAAUGAUUACCUCGUUCAAUCCGAUGACCCGGAGCACCCCGCGAACUUGAUUCCGGAAUUGUGCCGCAAAUUCUACAAUUGGGGCUGGGUCACAGGCACGGGUGGUGGUACCUCGAUCCGCCACGGUGAUCAUAUCUUCAUUGCACCCUCUGGAGUCCAGAAGGAGCUUAUGAAGUCGGAGAAUAUCUUCGUCCUUCAAUGGCCCACCAAAAAGUACCCGGCCGAGGAACGCAACUACAUUCGCCGUCCUUUGAAGCUGAACCCAUCCGCCUGCACUCCGCUCUUCCUGACAGCUUUUGAACAUGGUGCCGGUUGCUGUAUUCACACUCACUCUCAAUGGGCUGUCCUGGUGACCCUCUUGGUGGAGCGUGAGAAGGGACCCGAUGCCUGCUUCGAGAUUAGCACCAUUGAGCAGAUCAAGGGCAUUCCUCGUGGCAAGGGCAAGGGCAUGCUUGGGUAUCACGACACCCUCCGAAUUCCCAUCAUUGAGAACACUGCAUUCGAGGAGGAUUUGACCAGUGGCCUGGAGGCGGCCAUGAACAAGUAUCCGGACACCUACGCCGUCCUUGUUCGGAGGCAUGGAAUCUAUGUUUGGGGCGACAAUGUCGCCAAGGCUAAGACUCAGUGUGAGAGUCUCGACUAUCUCUUCCAGCUGGCUGUCGAGAUGCACAAAUUGGGCCUUCCAUGGGUCAAGUAG